AUGGGAGAUCUAAAUGCGCGUACAGGGAGCAAGGAUAACGAUACAAUAGUGGGAAAAUACGGCGAACAAAUAACAAAUACUAAUGGACAACGUCUGGUAGACCUGUGCCAUGGAUUAUCGCUGAAGAUUAUGAAUGGCUUCUUCCCUCAUAAAAAUAUUCACAAGUUCACAUGGACGCAACCCACUAGAAAACUCUCCUCGAUAAUUGAUUACAUAAUUAUGAAACAAAGAUCCAGAAUAAAUAACUUAGACGUAAGGGUAUACCGGGGAUCGGAAUGCGGCUCUGACCAUCACUUGGUUGUAACGAGACUAGAAAUAAACUAUAGAAGGAAAAUAAGUAGAGGAGAAGAUGAAGGAAAUAAUUACACACUAGUCGAAAGAAAAUACAACUUGGACAGCUUUAGGGAUGAAUCGACGCAGUUCUUAUACAAAUUAAGGUUAGCCACCAAACUACAACAAGUACAAAAGGAACAAUCUGCGAGAGAACUAUAUAACGAAAUAAAAACAUGUAUUCACGAAGCAGCCGAAGAAGCUUUGGGCCGGAAAAGGAAACUGCAAAGGAACUCAGAAUGGUGGACAAAGCAAGUUGAGGAAGUUGUUAGAGAGAAAAAGAGAGCAUAUCAUCACUGGUUGAGUACAAAAAAAGAUGAAGACAGAAAAAUAUAUGUUGAACUAAAUAGGAAAGCAAAAAGACAAGUUGAAAGGAGCAAAAACGAACGAUGGGAAAAGACAUGCGAAGAAGUGGAAAUAAAAAAAGCCCUAAAGGAAUCGAAAAAUAAGAAAGCCGCUGGACCCGGAGACAUCCCCAUAGAGCUGAUAAAGAAUGCACCAGAAAUACUUCUCGAACUAAUAAAAGAACUAUUCAAUAAAUGCAUACACGGAGAUCAAGUGCCCGAAGACUGGAACCUAGGGUAUAUUAGUUCUAUAUACAAAAAGGGAGACAAAAAGUUAUGUCAGAACUACAGAGACAUAACCGUUAUUAGUGCGAUGGGGAGGUUGUAA